ACAAAUAAUAACGCAUAACAAAAGCAAAGAAAACUUGUCCAAUGAGCGACAACGCAAUAACCAAAGAGGAAGUAUUUGAAAUGGAGCACGACCAGGAGCUGGGCAAUAAACAUUAUUCCCGCUGUAGCAGCGCGGGCAGCACACACACGCCGAAUUCCUCAGCUCACAAUUCAGACGAUGACGAUGAUAGCGGCGAUGCGGGUCGCGGCAAGCCAGACGUUUUAAGUUAUAAAGAGCGACGUCGUGAGGCGCACACACAAGCAGAGCAGAAAAGACGAGAUGCCAUCAAAAAGGGCUACGAUAGCCUUCAGGAGCUCGUGCCACGUUGCCAGCCCAACGACUCCUCCGGCUACAAGCUCAGCAAAGCGCUGAUAUUGCAAAAGUCCAUCGAGUACAUUGUCUAUCUGAAUCAGCAGAAAAUGAAACAGGAAGAGGAGAGUUCCGCACUGCAGAAGGAAGUAACGGCUCUACGGAUAAUACAAAACGGCUAUGAAAACAUGCUGCAGCAUCAGCAGGCGAAUCCCGGGCCUGAGGAGGAACGGCUUACAGACGAGGCCAAAUUUCAAGUGUUUCAAGCGAUAAUGCAGGAAAUGUUUGACACAUUCCAGCACAUACCGAUGGACAACUUCAAGCAGUUGACCGGUGGUGUCAUACCUUGGCUAGAGGAGCACUGCAAGCCACACAUUCUGCGCAACAUUUUAAGUCGCACGCUCCAACAAAUGUCGCAGGAGGUGCUGGACAAGCAACAGCAGCAGGCCAUGGAUCAGGAGACAACAGAGGGAUUUAGUUGAUUCAUUUUAAACUCUUGUUCCAUUUACUAGGUAAAUGCCAUCGGUUUUUUCACGUACAAAUAUUAAAUGCGCCAUUUAAACAGUUGUAAAUCGUAAAUCCGUUCGUAAGAACAUUAACUACAGAUUACUUUUUGGUUUGGUUAUCUCUUAGAGUAUGUUUAUAUAAAAUAUUACCCUAUGUAUAAA